GAAACGCUUUCAUCAUCAAACAUCUUUGGUUUAUAGUUUAUCUCUGCUCGAGACUUGUCUACAUCCUUUGGGAACGUGGAAGUGAUUGAGGUGUAGGCUAAGGAAAAUGUCGCUAGUGAUACCAGACAAAUUUCAGCACAUUCUUCGUGUCAUGGGCACGAACAUUGAUGGCAAGAGGAAGGUGAUGUUUGCCAUGACAGCAAUCAAAGGUGUUGGUCGCCGAUAUGCAAACAUAGUGCUGAAAAAAGCAGACAUUGAUUUGGACAAGAGAGCUGGAGAGUGCACAGAUGAGGAGGUUGAGAAGAUUGUAACAAUCAUGUCAAAUCCUCGUCAAUACAAGAUUCCAGAUUGGUUCCUUAACAGACAGAAGGACAUUGUGGAUGGAAAAUACUCCCAGCUCACGUCCAGUUACUUGGAUAGCAAACUCCGUGAAGACCUGGAGAGACUGAAGAAGAUACGCGCUCACCGUGGUAUGAGGCAUUAUUGGGGCCUGCGAGUCCGUGGACAACACACGAAGACGACAGGAAGACGUGGAAGAACUGUUGGUGUAUCCAAGAAGAAAUAAAAAUUCAUGUUCAAUAAAUUAUUGAAAAAGUG